GUCACAGCAACCGAGUUUAUUUCUAAUCCUGGUGCGCGAUGAAACGGUUUCGAAAGAGAGAGUACGUAGCAGUUGUCUGCAGCACGUAAAAAUCAUCAUCGUCGACCAGCAUUUGAGAGCCAUUUAGAAUCCCAUGGCGAGGCUUCGGCCGCCCGUCGCGCCACAAAAUUUCUCCAUUCGUUUCACUCGGCAGCGCCCGGUAAGAUGGACAGAGACGCUCAUCCGGCCGGUCAGUCACUGCGAAAUCACAUUUGGCGACAAAGUUGGUGUAGGCUGUUCCUAUUGCGAUGCUGGCGAGGCGGAGAGAAUUUGGCAAGGAGCUAGUUCAUCAGGCGCCGGAGACUUUUUAUCCAGGCAAGAAGAGGUAGCCGAUUCGUUACAGGAAAGGGUCGCGAAGAGCCUGGAGGCUAUUUCUGGCACGGCGGGACCUGCGAUCUGGAACAACCCGCUGGCAAACAAUGAGCCGGUGGCUAGUGCGAAGGAUAAUUCAUCAACAUCAGGAGAUGAUGCUAGCUUGUUCAUUUCCUCUUCGUAUAACUGCCGCAACCCGGACGCCGCAGCCGUAAUCAGUGGCAUUGACACGGCCUUGUGGCAGCUGCAAGCUCAGCUUCAGGGAGUGGAAUUGGCGGAGUUGUUGUCUGCAGCAUGGUCCUCUGAGAACGGAGCUACACCAUUCCGCGGCUUCUCGCGUCAAAAUCAAGGACGAGGUGGGCCAGUUGCUUACUGCACCGUGGAAAUUCCGUUUUCUUUUGACCCAGAGGAGGCGAUAGGGUUGCUGGCUGCAAAAUUGGAGCGGUUGAUGCGUUAUGCAUUGCAAAAGUAUCGUAUUCGUAUAAAUGCAAUACAAAUUUCUGCAGCAUGAGAAAUAAAAUUUGUAAUGCAGAUUUGCCUUGGGGACAAGAUUUGUAAUGCAAGACUUGCAUUUAUACGAGUACGAUACUUUUGCAAUGCAUAUGCGUUGCUACCACUUGAAAGCGUUCAAACUCUUCGUGGGGCCGCCGUUUGUAUCAACUGUAAAAAUGUCUGGGUCUGGAAGAUUGCAACUUGUCAUGCUGUUUUUGGACUCUAAAAAGAUUUGUAUUGCAUGACCAGCAAGAGGGGCACAGUUUGUGCUACACGAACAGGGCACUUCUCAUGCGGAAGGUGCAUCAGGAAGCCCUCUAAAAGUCUGCGAUGCUAGGUCCUGCAUUACAGGCAUCAUGAGUCAUGAGAAAUAUGCAUGACAAAUCUUGCAUUCUUCCAGACCCAGACAUUUUUGCAAUCCAUAGUUUGGUCUAUUUGACAACAAGGUAGGCGUAGGAGAAGUGCCAGUAGUACAAGUGGACCACACGGCAAGACAACGACAACGACAACAUGAGCCGGCUCCUACUCCGCCCAUCAAGAUGGGAGGCGCAUCUGCAGUUGAUGCUCUUUUCCCCCCCGACGUCCAACUCGCCUGGGCAAGGCAAGUGUUCCAUGGCGCCCGCCGAAUUGUCGGUCCGGAUAUCCACCUUUUCGUGGAUUUGAUGGGCUUCCAAGAGGAGUGGCAAACCGGAUCAGAGCAAGUUUUCUUCGUGGAAACGUUAAUGCGGCAAGUGUUCGAACCUGUGGGCAUCGGCUUUUGCGAGGAACCGUUUGCGCCGAAUGCGCUCGAGGACUACGUAGCGUUCGGUCUACGUGACGAACAACAUCAAAAUACAAACAGGCAAAGUUGUGAAAAAAUCGCCAUCGCGGGCUGCGAAUCGCUCAUCGGUGUGGAGGCGUUUCGGCCGUGGAUGACUGCGCCGGCGCGACGUCAUUCCCCUAGUUUUAACUACCCACGACCCCCCGUGCAGCUCUUCCAACCGGAUACCUGUGUCGCAGGAGGGGUUUCCGUGGUGCUUCGGCUCGCCAAAAUGUGGGAGGAGGAAGAAAGAAAAGCGGCCGAGCGACAAAAACGCCGUGUUGUAGGGUCUCCGGUGAAGCAGAGCCAUCAGUCAGGAUCUUCGCGCGUGAAUCUUCAAGAUUAUGAACGCAACCAGCCUAAAAACACUUCACCAGCACCGCCCGCGCCUGCUGAGCCUGACUCGCCCUGUAGUUUUUCACCGAGACGAACGAGCGACGGGCAGUUUGCUUUUCCACAGCUCCGCGGAAUCCUCCCGCAUAGCUUUGCCACCGCGAAAGCGUGGGAGACAGACUUCGAGCUGGUGCAAUGGUUGUCGUUGUCCUCCGGAAGUAAUAUGCCACCGCUCGGCCCGAACCUCAUAGAGCUGCCAGAGCACUUACUAGAGGAGUUGCUGGCCGAGGAGAAAGGCGGACGAUUUCAGAUAGACCCAGGAAGUGGGCGAUGCAGUUAUUUGGUGAAGUAAGCAGCAUUGCAGUUGUUAGAUUGAGAAAGGAUGCUGGCGCCGUGUCAUGUUCGUACGGCUUAGCGCCACUUAUUUUCGAAAGGUGUCGCAGCG